AUGGCAGUCCGUCGGCGGAGAUAUAUAGAAAGAAACCCACGAAUCGCAGCAACAGCCAGUGAUGAGAUUGACCGAAAUCAAGGAGAACUCGAAAUUCCACAACCAGCAAGAUCCGGCAGCGGGAUCAAGAGCAUCGUCAACAUCGCCAAACAGAGGCACGAAUUGAAAUUCGUCUACGUCUGGCACGCUAUGACCGGAUACUGGGGCGACAUCUGGCCGAGAGUGAAGGAGUUGGAGGGGUACGAAUCGGCGAUGAAGUAUCCUAUGGUGUCGAAGGGAGUCGUGGAGAAUGAGCUCGAAGAAUGUGUACAAGUUGUACAACGAGCUUCACACGUAGCUAUUUAA